AUGUUUAGCAUGUAUGGUCCGGCUCACGUAUGUGGACUACACUACGUGAUCGGAUCUGAUAAGUGGAACUUGCACAAGCAUUUCCUUCCACAAGUCCAACUCGAAGCAAAAGCUACCAUUCUUGCCACUACCUCCAAAACCGUACUCACACAGACUUUUGUCAACCCAUCGACAGAGAAAGCCAUCAAAGAGUGUCGUUACACCUUUCCGCUCUAUGAUGGUGUCAGUGUAGUAGGCUUUACCUGUCAUGUCGGAGGGCGGGAAAUAGUUGGUGAGGUCAAGGAGAGAGAGAAAGCAAGAGCAGUAUUUCAGGAUGCAGUCUCAAAAGGCGAGACGGCGGGGUUGUUUGAGCAACUACCAGAUGCCUCCGACGUAUUCACUACGACUGUUGGGAACAUCCCUCCUGGAGCAAAAGUCAUCAUCGCCAUCACAUAUCUAGGCGAACUCAAGCAUGACAUGGAGGUCGACGGCAUCAGGUUCACAAUCCCAAACAUCAUAUGCCUAAGAUAUGGCGACUACCCAGGCACCUUGUGCAGAAGCUCAGCAACCGAUGCGAUGGGUACUAGCAUUUCCAUUACUGUCGAUGCCGACAUGGCUGAUGGAUCCCUCAUCCGAAUGAUCCAGUCGCCCACACACCCCAUUUCAGUGACAAUGGGCUCAACUUCAUUUGCUUCAGCAAACGACGAUCCCGUAAUGACAAAGGCAUCCGCAACCCUCGCCCUAAACACCGCAGGACUGGAUAAGGACUUUGUAUUGCAGGUCAUUGCCAAAUACACCGGGGUACCCAAAGCCAUCCUUGAGACCCAUCCGAGAAUUCCAAAUCACAGAGCGGUAAUGGCAACGCUAGUGCCAAAGUUUGCACUCCCUCCUGCGCGACCGGAGAUCGUCUUCGUAUGUGAUCGCAGUGGAAGCAUGCAGCUCACCAGGAUUGAACUUGCGAAACAAGCCUUGAAAGUCUUUUUGAAAUCGCUUCCAAUUGGAGUCAAGUUCAACAUAUGCUCGUUCGGCUCGAGCCACUCGUUCCUUUGGGAAAAGAGUGCUAGCUACAACCAGCAGACGCUAGAUGCGGCGAUGAACCAUGUAGAUUCUUUCGCGGCGAACUAUGGCGGUACGGAAAUGUUGCAGCCACUACAAGCGACAAUUGAGCGACGGUACAAGGAUAUGGAUCUCGAUAUCAUGUUGCUCACUGAUGGUGAGGACUGGGGACAGGAUCGGAUUUUCUCUUAUCUCAACGAAUCUAUCCAAGCAACUAAAGCCUCGAUCCGGGUCUUCACAUUGGGUGUUGGAAAUGGCGUCUCGCAUGCCAUGAUUGAAGGUAUAGCCAAGGCAGGAAACGGAUUUUCGCAAUCAGUCGGCGAAAACGAGCCGAUGAAUGCCAAAGUCGUACGAAUGCUCAAGGGAGCAUUGUCUCCACAUAUCCACGACUACACCAUGGAAGUCAAGUACAGCAAUGACGAAAUCUCCGCCCACCUCGACGUUGAGCCAGAAGAUGAUUUCGAGAUUGUCGAAAAAGUAUCUGAUAGUCUCAAAGUCAAACUCGAUCUCAAAGAACAAGGCAAACCUGAGCCAAAAUCAACUAAAACCCCAAUCUCCCUUUUCGACCCCCACGCGGACCCGGACGCAGAAGAACCAACUGCACCAGACGCAACGGGAGAAUCCCGCUACGCCCACCUCCCCACGCUCCCCACGCCCAAAAUCCUCCAAGCGCCUCAAACCAUCCCUUCCCUCUUCCCCUUCCACCGCACAUCAAUCUAUCUCCUACUCGGCCCCUCGGCGCCCCAAGGCACACCCACAUCCCUCACGCUGCGCGGCACAAGCCCGCAAGGCCCACUCGAACUCGAGAUACCCAUCCAGUCGCUCGCCCACCCCGGCGAAACCAUCCACCAGCUGGCCGCCAAAAAAGCCAUCUCCGAGCUCGAGCAAGGCCGGGGAUGGCUUGCCGAAGCCACCGACGAGACGGGCGAGUUAGUGAAGAAGAAGUGCGAGGGCCGCUACGAAGACAUGGUUGAGCGCGAGGCUGUGCGGCUAGGCGUGCAGUUCCAGGUAGGAGGCAAGUGGUGUUCGUUCGUAGCUGUCGAG